GAAACAAACAUCCAUCCAGAAGGGACGGGAGAGAGAAAGAAAGAGAGGUAGGAGGGCGAGGAAGGGAAAAUUAAACCUGUCUGACACGGAGGACAACGCCACAGAAACACAGCUAGAUAGAGAAAAGGACGUUACCAGGACCUGAAACCCUCGACCUUUUUUCUUCUGCCAAGACAAACGGCCUCUUUCUCCGUCGUCUCGCGAGAAACUUCAUCGAUUUUUAGCAGGUGAUGAUCUUGGAUUAUUGUUUUUUUUUCUUAACAAGGAUGAAUUUUGAAGUGAGCUCAGCUUGUCGAGCAAUGGCCCAAGAGACGAACCAGAGCCCGGUGCCCAUGCUUUGUGCCACAGGCUGUGGUUUCUAUGGCAACCCAAGAACCAAUGGUAUGUGCUCCGUAUGCUAUAAGGACCACCUGACACGGCAGCAGAGCAGCGAUCGCAUGAGCCCCCUCAGCCCUAUGGGCUCAGCUGCUAGUCCUACCUCAGAGGCCUCAGCCAUCCAGAGACUAGAAGCCAGUCUAGCCAAGGUUGAUGCCUCUCCUGUGUCUUCACCAGACAUGUCUAGAACUAUUCAAGGAUCUCUUCCUGUGACUCAACAAAUGACAGAGAUGAGCAUCUCGAGAGAGGACAAGCCAGAACCCCUAGAGCCUGUUGUAAGCCAGCCUGCUGCUUCAAGUCCUACUCCUGUAGCUUCUUCCAGCAAUGAAGAAAGCAAGGGUGACACCCCCAAACCCAAGAAGAACAGGUGCUUCAUGUGCCGCAAAAGGGUGGGCCUUACAGGGUUUGACUGUCGCUGUGGCAACCUGUUCUGUGGCAUCCACCGGUACUCCGACAAGCACAAUUGUCCCUAUGAUUACAAGGCCGAGGCUGCCGCCAAGAUCCGCAAAGAGAACCCUGUGGUGGUGGCUGACAAGAUCCAGAGAAUAUAGAUUUGACAAAACAACUGCAUUGGCGGCAAUGAUGACAAACAACUUUGACAAAGACUGGAGUAUGAGUGUGAACCUUGGAAAUGAGCACUGGCGUUACUAGCUAAGUGAGGAUUGAAAGGACUUGAUUUACAAAAUUACAACCUCAAGAAAAUGACGGAAAAAAGAAGAAAAAAACGAAAAGAUCCUGUUUGAGGGAGGUGCAUGAAUGAUCACUUUUGUCCUUUUUUGAUUAGUUUGUUUUAUCCUAUUUUCUGUGGUGUGACUUUGCCGCUAUUCAGUCCUUCUUUUUUUUUUUUUUUUUUUUUCAAGAAUAUGUAUUGUCUUAUUAAGAGCAUCCCAGGCUAACUGUCCAGGGUAUGCUGUGCUCCUCUCACCCAAACCAGGCGCCAUUUUGUGCCAAACUGUAGACAGCCAUUUUACUUAGACCCUGUCAUGUGUCAGACGCUGGCAGGUCUUUUAAAACAUUCAGACCACACAGUAACAGUCCACACGAGUUGUGUCCCUCAACCUUUGAACUUCUUGUUCUGUGGUCCAUUGGAUGAGUCAGUCAACGUUUUGGAGAACCGUACAACUGUCCCCCACCAUGCACAAGGGGCUUUGUUACUUUGUCUCUGUCUUUCCUAGCUUUACCUACCUCACAGCUGCUGUGUUAAGCUUUGUUGUCUUCCCUUUUACUUUUUCAUCAGCUUUGACUCCAGCAGAACAAUGGAUCAUCUUGAUAGUUGGCCUCAGUGACCCUCUAAUCAGCAUGUCUGUGUUGACUUUGAUCGGUUUGAUUGUGAUGAGGCUGUUCCAUUAUGGCUGGAGGUAUCACGCUAGACAGGGACAAACAAAUUACUCCACGUUUCACUGAAUCUAAACAUUUUCAAUGGACAUAAUGGGUAAAGGAGUUCCCCAACUGGUCAGCGCUCAUAUUGUAAUCACAGACGCCUGGUGUAGGGCUGUGUGGCCUGAGAGGGAGGAUGGCACCCUUUCCCUGGCAGGCCUGGUAGGUGAAAUUAAGCAACAAUAUUGUAGGGGCGUGAAUGCAUGGAUGGGAUAAAUGCAUGAGUUACUCUCCAUCUGCAUUAGUGUUUCAGAAAUAUUUGACAUCACUCAAUGUAGGGUUUCAGACAUUUUAUUUGCUUCAGAGACAAUUAUUGUUAUAUUUAAUUAGCAUUUGUGGAAUUAGGGUAUGUGAACCAUGAUUUUCUUAUGUUUGUUUUGUUUUUUUAAAUGCGCUAACAGAACGUUCAUGUGAGCACAGUGUGUGUGUGGGUGGGUGUGUGUGUGGGUGGGCGGGUGUGUUGUUCCCCCAACCUUUUGUCUGUGGAGCUACCCGGUUUAUCAGCACAUGUUUACAGAACUACAGGAGCAUGCCAGAGCUAGAUUUAUGAAAAAUAAUAGAUACCAAGAUUAGAUGUAACUUUUCAUCUGUCUAACCGCUAUGUGUGUCUGUUUUAGAGCAUCGUAGAGAAGUGUGUGUGUGUGUGUGUGUGUGUGUGUGUGUGUGUGUGUAACUGUGCGCGUGCAUGUGCACAUUCCUGUGCAAAAGUGUGUUUUCAUGGCUGCCUGACACAUUGAAACCAUGUAUGUUUGUGACUUGUGUUAAUCCCCUUUCUUCUCCCCCUGUAAGGAUGUUUUUCAUUUAAAAGAAAACUGUAUGUAUCCGUUUGAGUUUUUCCUUUCUGAUUCUUAGUUAUAUGCAAAUUUGUACAAACAAUGAAAAAACAACAAACUGUGUUGAUAUUUAUGUAUUACAUAUAAUCUUGCUAUCCAGCAUUACGACAGAAUAGUAUCAUGUAAAUAAAACUGUACAGAGAGACAUUA